GAUCGCCGAAGCGUCGGACUCCGGUUCGUCUCUGCAACUUCCUGGAUUAUUCUCGCCGAGGACUUUGCAAUAUUUUUUUUCGCCUUUUCUGGAAGGAUUUCGCUGCUUCCCGAAGGUCUUGGACGAGCGCUCCGGCUCCGUGGGAAGGUUUUGGGCUCUCUGGCUCGGAUUUUGCAGUUUCUCCCUGGGGACUGCCGGGGGGCCGCGUCCACUGUGGAUUAUAAUUGCAACAUGACGCUGGAAGAGCUCGUGGCGUGCGACAACGCGGCGCAGAAGAUGCAGACGGUGACCGCCGCGGUGGAGGAGCUGCUGGUGGCCGCUCAGCGCCAGGACCGCCUCACAGUGGGAGUGUACGAGUCGGCCAAGUUGAUGAAUGUAGACCCGGACAGCGUGGUCCUGUGCCUCUUGGCCAUUGACGAGGAGGAGGAGGAUGACAUCGCCCUGCAAAUCCACUUCACACUCAUCCAGUCCUUCUGCUGCGACAACGACAUCAACAUCGUGCGGGUGUCGGGCAUGCAGCGCCUGGCACAGCUCCUGGGCGAGCCGGCCGAGACCCAGGGCACCACCGAGGCCCGGGACCUGCACUGCCUCCUGGUCACGAACCCUCACACGGACGCCUGGAAGAGCCACGGUUUGGUGGAGGUAGCCAGCUACUGCGAAGAAAGCCGAGGCAACAACCAGUGGGUCCCCUACAUCUCGCUCCAGGAACGCUGAGGCCCUUCCCAGGAACAGAACCUGUGGAGUCGCUGCCAAAAACAUAAAAUAAAAUAAAUAUUUGAAUCCCCCUCCCCCCAGCACAACCCCCCAAAACAACCCAUCCCACGAGACCAUCGGGGGCAGAGUCGCUGGAGACUGAAGAGGAGGAGAAGGGGAGUGAGCGGCCGCCCUGGGGCGGAGACCCGGAAGCUGUGCCAGGGGCUGCGGCGGAGGAGAAGGGGGGACCCAGGCCAGCAGGAGACGGGACCCCGGAGCUCAGGCCUUGGGACGGAGCAGAAGCCGGAGUGGCAGGGCGCACUGCCGCCUUCCCCGUCGCGGAGGGUCCAGACUCCACUCGGGAGUGGGGUGACACUGACUGGACCCCCCACCCUCCUUGGGACUGGAGCUGGCGUCCAAGGACGAGAGACCUGGUUGAACGAGGGUCUGCACCCUCGGCGGGACCACACUUUGGGACUCGGGAGCUGGGGCUGAAGUUGCUCUGUACCCACGAACUCCCAGUUUGCAAAUGACAGAGACAAUCUAUCUUGUUACUUGCACUUGUUACUGAACCACUGCGAGCGAGAUGGGAAGCACAGAUAUCUAUAUUUUUACUUCUACUGUGAUGGCCUUGUAAUAAAUUUCUAAAGCCUC